CCAUUCACCAAUCUCAUCAUCUCUUUUCUUCUUCUUCACGUACCAUUUUUUCUUAUGUUCACUUACAAUAAGAUAAUCAGUCUUUCCCCGAAAAAAUCUAUGUCCAUUAAAGUCAUAUGGUUGCUCUUUGUGAUCCCAUCUUGUGUUUUCUCAGCCAACGAUCUUUAUAGACACUGCAGUGAACCGUUUAACUGCGGCGAUCAGAGCGGUCUUUUGUACCCUUUCUGGAUUCCUGGCAGAGAGGAAUGUGGCCACCCGAAGUUCAAGCUCGAAUGCAACACAAAUUUCGCAGAGGUUAGUUUCUCCUCUGUGAAGUUCAGAAUCUUAGACGCUGAUUAUAUAUCAUGUAGGAUAAGACUCGCCAGAUCGGAUUUUAUCAACAAUGUUUGCCCCCAUGAUCCUUUAAAUGUGUCCUACAUGGAUAACGUCCUUCCGUUUGCUCCUAACACCGAGUUGCUAACAAUUUAUUACGGCUGCAACUUUUCACUUGAAGUUUAUACUUUUGGUGGCAUGAUUGGUUGUCGGAGUGAUGAAAUUGUUCACAAAAGAAAUUAUUAUGUGACAAGAAACCUCUCCUCUCCUUUACUCAAAGGAGUUGGUCUAUCAUUCAAAGAAUUCGGGAGAUUUUGCGAAAGAAACGUUAGUAUUCCUGCAUCUGGACAUUCCCUCAACGCACUGCAAACAAGUCCGAGUGUAGAAAAUCUAGGGAAGGCUCUUGAAGACGGUUUUGAGCUUGCACUUGACCAAGAAUGUGUGACGUGCAUAGGUUCUGGGGGUGCUUGUGGAUAUAAUAAGAGCUCAAGUGGAUUCAUCUGUUAUUGUGUCGAUGAACCACAUAAUGGUACUUGCGGUUCAAGGAAAAAUGGAAUCUCUUAUGGAGCUGAAGCAAAAAUAGGUUCAGGAGUAGGUGGCACUCUGUUCCUGGUCCUGGUUUUAACGUUGUUUCUCCUAAUUCUACGAAAGAGAAGAACAUCGCAUGAUCUUGGUCAACAAAACCUCAAGACACUUAUUCCACAACCAAGACUCAAAGCACUUAUUACACUGAAGCAGUAUAGUUACGCACAAGUGAAGAGAAUUACAAAUUCAUUCUCGGAACAGAUUGGGAGAGGAGGAUUUGGAAUUGUGUAUAGAGGAACCCUUUGUGAUGGAAGUUUGGUUGCAGUGAAGGUUUUUAAAAACCUAAUGGGUGAUAAUGGCGAAGACUUCAUCAAUGAAGUUGCAAGCAUGAGUCAAACUUCCCAUGUCAACAUUGUUACCCUCCUAGGAUUCUGCUCUGAAGGUUCCAAGAGAGCAAUUAUUUACGAAUAUCUCGAAAAUGGGUCUCUUGAUAAGUUCAUCACAGAGAAGACCUCCAUGGAUAUAGAUUGGGCGACAAUAUCUAGAAUUGCGCUUGGAGUUGGUCGUGGUUUAGAGUACUUGCACCAUGGCUGCAAAACAAGGAUUGUACAUUUUGACAUAAAACCUCAAAAUGUACUCUUAGAUGAAAAUUUUAUCCCCAAAGUUUCUGAUUUUGGCCUUGCUAAGCUUUGCGAGAAGAAAGAGAGCAUCUUGUCAUUGCUAGACACAAGAGGUACAAUAGGGUACAUUGCGCCCGAGUUAUUUUCAAGAAUGUACGGUAGAGUUUCCCACAAGUCAGAUGUGUAUAGCUACGGAAUGUUGGUUCUUGAGAUGAUAGGAGCAAGAAAUCAAGAAACGGCUGCUCAAAGCUCUGUAUCGAACACAAGCUCAAUGUACUUUCCUGAAUGGAUAUACAAGGAUCUUGACAAGGGACACUCAGGAAGGCUUAUGGAGAAUGGAAUCAGCAUCAAAGAAGAGGAGCUAGUAAAGAAGAUGACACUGGUGGGUUUGUGGUGUAUUCAAUCUUCCCCAUCAGAUCGCCCAGCAAUGAACAGAGUUGUAGAGAUGUUGGAAGGAAACGUCGAUGCUAUUGAAGUCCCUCCUAAGCCUUUUUUUCAAAUUCCAUCAGCGCCUUUUGAAGAAUCUUCUUUGCUUUUAGAGGAUAUAUCGGGUUCCACUUCCACAGAUAAAUAUGUUCCAUAAAUGUCGCAUAAAGAAAGAAACCUCAUUGAACAAUCACAAAAGCAGAAAAUGCAUUUAUCAAAGUAGUACACACCAUCAACAAAAUUAUCAAUGUAAUAUUCUUAUAUUCAA